AUGGACUUUAGACUUCAGAACUCUGUGAGUGUCUGCAGGAGGAUGAGGCUGCUCUGCUCGCUGUGGGUCCUCCUGCUGCUGGGAGUCGGGUCGCUGCUGCUGCUGGUCCACCUGCCGGACCUGACUGACACUGUGCUGCACCAGAACCCAGGUGUCCCGGUUCUGGUGGCUCCCAGGUGGCCAGUGGAGAAGGAUUCGACUCAGCCGUCUGAUGCUGUUGGUAUUGGUCGGGUCCUCGUCUCUCCUCCUGGUCUCCGCCCACUGUCUCGGUCUGUCUCGCCGUUAUCCGACCCGGUACCCGACAGGAAGCAGCGUGUCACCAAACGUCACAGGAAGCUGCUGCUGAAGACCGCCCUCCCUGGAGGAGAGGAGGUUCUGCAGCAGCUGGACUCGACCCAGGAGUCCCGGCUCCACCUGCUGAAACAGUUCUGUUCCAGGUACCGUCCCAUCAUUGGCAAAAGGCACGUGACCCGUCAGCAGGUGUCCCGGGUUUACGUGGAGGACAGGUUCCGGCUGCUGUACUGCGAGGUGCCCAAAGCGGGCUGCUCCAACUGGAAACGGGUCCUGAUGGUUCUGGGCGGCAGCGCUCGCUCCACGCAGGACAUCCCACAUGACGUGGUGCACUACUCCAACCACCUGCGGAGGCUGGAGAGCUACACUUUCUCCGAUGUUGUGGACCGACUCCGGUCCUACACCAAGGUUCUGUUCGUCAGGGAGCCCUUCGAGCGGCUCGUCUCCGCGUUCCGGGACAAGUUUGAGAGUCCAAACUUGUACUACCAUCCUGUUUUUGGACGCGCCAUCAUCUCCAGGUACCGGGCCAAUGCCACACGCACCGCCCUGAGAACCGGCGCCGGCGUCACCUUCAGGGAGUUCGUUCAGUACCUGCUGGACCUGCAGCGGCCCGUUGGGAUGGACAUCCACUGGGAGCCCGUCAGCCAGCUCUGCAGCCCCUGUCUGCUCCGGUACCACUUCAUCGGGAAGUUCGAGAGUCUGCAGGAGGACGCCAACCACCUGUUGCGCAGCAUCGGGGCGCCGGCCAACCUCACCUUCCCCGACUUCAAAGAUCGGAACCCGCAGGCCGAGCGGACCUCGUCCAGAAUCACGCAGAACUAUUUCUCUCAGCUGAACGCCACAGAGAGGCAGAAAGUCUUUGACUUUUACCACAUGGACUACCUGAUGUUCAACUACCCCAAACCCUUCACAGACUUGCACUAA